GGGAGAGGGAGCGUUUCGCAGUCACGGGAAGCCUCGUUUCCCUCAAUCUCUUCUAAGGCUUCUGGUCUUCUCGCGUGGCCCCUCGCAGCGGCCACGUCACAUGAUCCAGCGUUCGGUGGGGGAGCGAAGUGACGCACGAGCGGCGCGGGAGGAGGGUGUUACGCGAACUGAGCGGCAGGCAGCGCCAACGGUUUCCUUUCCGCCUCGUGCCGCGCUGCGAAGGUUUCGUGUUCCCCUCGCCGGUCGUCGCUGCCAUGGCCUCCCGCCGCCCCUCGACUCCCCUGGACCUGGCGAUACUGCUGGUUGUUGUCGCCUCUUGCCUCACUUCUCUGAAUGGAGUCGCUGCGGAGACGGAAGAAGUUGACUGUGCAAUCCAUACCAACUGCAGUUCCUGUCUUAAUCUUAAUAGUACCUUAAACUCUAGCUGUCAGUGGCUAGACUGCAAAGAAGUGGAUCAGUCCCGAUGUACAAAUAAAACAAAUGAACAUGGAAAUUGUAGUAUUUUUACAGGUCAUGAACAAUGCUUGGCUCCUACCAGCAACACAACAAUCACACCUCCCAGAACCACAGCCAGCUCUCCUACCACAGGUAAUACAACACACAUCCCUUCACCUAAAGUAACAACCGCUACAGUAAUCUCUACUACUAUACCAGAGCUGUUUCUGGAUGUGCACUGA